AUGAGCGGCCAGAUCCCCUUAGGCUCGUCCUCUCUCACGGUCCGCGCUCCUCGCGGCAGGCAGGGUCGUGUGGGGUCGAGUCGCUCUGGUUCUGGAAGGUGGUGGCAGGCGCUGAGGCGCACGGGCUCGGGGGCGCGUGUCUUCUCACUGCGAGCCGGCUCACGCCUGCGGCAUUCAUACACGUUGGUCAGGGCGCCGGGACGAGUGGGCGGCGGCGCACUGCUGCUGAGGGGGCGGCGCCACAGCCGCUGGGCGUGUGUGCUCGGGGCCAAACAAGCAGGCGGCGUGACCGAGGCUGAGCAGACCUCUAAAGAAGUCCAGAGCUGGGAUGACUUUGCUAGCCAAGAUGCCCUACUCCACGGAGAGAACUGGAUCGAGACCAGACAGGUGGCCAGACCAGGCCGAGCACCAGGGUACCAGAUCCAGGCGGCAGGAACUGGAAAGCAGAAAAGAGGCCAGAUGAACAAGCCAAGGAAGCUGCGGGUUGGUAGAACUGGGGAAGAGCAGCCUGAACAGAGAGGAAGGAACUCAGGUCAGCCCAAGGUAAGCAAGCGCUUUACGCACGCCCGUGUGUCGCAUCCCCACGCCUUCAUGAGGUUCGGACUCUGCCUGCACCUUGCCUGUGGCUUUUAUCCUUUUUGACCCCGUGUGGUUUUCUCUGUGUGAGCAAGCAGAUAGAACAAAUGGGGCCCAAGGUUCCUUUCAGGUCUGACCUGCUGUAGUCUUGGGAGAAAGUAGUCGUUCUUUCGAAGGGGUGUCCUCAAAGCCCUGGAUCAGAUGAUUGUGGAGGC